AUGUACUGCAUGCUUCAACCUGGUGGAACUAUUUUCGUACUUUUUUCAUUAUCUCAUGAUUUAUAUGAAGUAUUGAAGAAUUUUAAACAAGAUGUCCGUUUUGCGUCUUACAUUCCGAAUCCGAAGAAGUAUUUAACGGCGUUUUAUAACUUGGUUCUACCUAGCGAGGACUUAAAAGACCUACUUGAAAGUGUCCUACUUGAAAAUGUCGGAUUUAACGUUCAACAUUGCAGUCUUCGGGAGAUAAAUUUUUCCGAUAUAAAUACAGAUAUAUUGUUACGUUCGCUUUCCGCCAUUUGUAGCUUCUUGAAUGCGAUGCCACCUGAACUACAAGAAGAAUUCAAG